AUGGCGGAAGAGAAAGAAGAAGAAAAAUCCUUCAAAGAUUUGGGAGUAAAUGAACAAUUAGUUGAUGCCUGUGACAGUUUAGGCUGGAAAGUCCCCACCAAGAUACAAAUUGAAGCGAUUCCUCUUGCCCUUGAAGGGAAGGACAUAAUCGGUCUCGCCCAAACCGGUUCGGGUAAAACUGGUGCCUUUGCCAUCCCAAUUAUACAAGCUCUUCUCGAAAAAGAGCAAGCCUUUUUCGCUUGCGUGCUCUCCCCAACACGUGAACUUGCUAUACAAAUUGCUGAACAGUUUGAAGCCUUGGGGUCCGGCAUUGGCCUCAAGUCUGCAGUGCUUGUGGGAGGGGUAGACCAUGCACAACAGAGCAUUUUGCUUGGGAAGCGGCCACAUAUUGUUGUGGCAACACCUGGCCGUCUUGUCGAUCAUCUCUCUAAUACCAAGGGAUUCUCUCUUCGUGCAUUGAAAUACUUGGUACUAGAUGAAGCAGAUAGAUUGCUAAACGAGGAUUUUGAGAAAACAAUUGAUGAAAUUUUGGGUGUUAUUCCUCGUGAACGGAAGACAUAUUUAUUUUCUGCAACAAUGACUAAAAAGGUGAAAAAGCUCCAGAGAGCUUGUCUAAAAAAUCCUGUGAAGAUUGAAGCUGCAUCCAAAUAUUCCACCGUUGAUACGCUUAAGCAGCAGUAUUGCUUUGUUCCGGCGAAGUAUAAGGAGUGCCAUCUUGUUUUUAUUCUCACCGAGAAGCCAGAAAGUACAUCUAUGGUUUUUACUCGAACAUGUGAUGCAACUGGUCUUUUGGCUUACCUUCUUCGGAACCUUGGCUUUAGAGCUAUUCCAAUUAGCGGUCAUAUGAGCCAGGCAAAAAGACUUGGAGCCUUAAACAAAUUCAAGUCUGGAGAGUGCAACAUACUUAUCUGUACUGAUGUUGCCAGUAGAGGACUUGAUAUCCCAUCUGUAGAUAUGGUUAUCAACUACGAUAUCCCCAUCAACUCAAAGGAUUAUAUACAUCGGGUUGGAAGAACUGCUCGUGCUGGACGCUCUGGGAUUGCAAUUUCACUGAUCAAUCAAUACGAGAUGGGAUGGUACCUGCAGAUAGAGCAACUUAUUGGCAAAAAGUUACCCAAGUACCCUGCUGAGCUGGAUGAGGUGUUGCAACUGUUGGAACGUGUAACCGAGGCCAAAAGAAUAUCUGUGAUGAAAAUCAAAGAAACCGGAGGCAAUAAGAGGCGGAAAGGAGGUGAAGGUGAUGCCCAGGAAGAGAUUGAGAAAUAUUUAGGUCGUAAUAAAGGGAAGUCAUUUAAGAAGACAAAAAGAUGA